GCGCAACCUCUCCUGUACACAGAGUCCAUUCCUAGUUGGAAUGAUAUGAGGCGUGGCAGGUGUCUGCUUGGCGUUUGUCCGCCUGUGCUAGCGGCCACGCUUUUUUGUACACAGACAUGGGUGUCCUUCCCCUUCCCAGGAUCCGGGUGUACUGGUUCCUCGAGGGUGCACCGACACAGGCAUGCAUUACGAAGUACGGCCACUCCAAUCAGCUUGGACCCUUCCGAGAAGCGACGUGCGCUCUCUGCUUUGGGCCUAGACCCGGCCAAUGCUCCGCAGCCAGCGGAUGUGAAGCGAGCCUUUAGGCGCAAAGUGGCGCGUCUCCAUCCAGAUGUGAAAGGUGGAAAAGCAUCAGCUCAGUUUCGAGAAGUUCUUGAUGCUUAUGCACUGUUGACUGGGCGGCGCACUUCGCUUGCAACUUCAACGCCCUCCUCAGAUACACCCUUCUCAGAGAUUGUUAAGACACGUGGACCGACGGAGGAAGAACAGGAGGCAGAGUUUCAAAGGCCAGAAAAUUGGCGGUGGAAUCAGAAUACCGGCUACAAUCCUGGUGACCUGGACGAGGUAUGGGAUGAGAUUGGCUACAAUCCAUACACUGGAGAAUACCGAACGCCUCCAGAGCGUCCGGAGGAGCAGGAGUGGGUGCCACCUCCAUCAUGGACCGUAAGGACACCGUCUUCGCCACCUCCUCCACAGCCUGCGCCAACACCUAGGCGGCGCAGUGCCAAAGCUCGAGGAAUGGAGUAUGCGCAGCUUCCGACGGUUGAGAUCUUGGGAUACUUUCUGCUGGCAGCAGUGUGUAUUUUCUUGGCUCUUUCUCCUGAACUCUUGCUUUCGGAGGAGGACAAAGCACGAUAUUUGGAACAGCAAGAGCAAAGGGCAAGACUGGAAUUCCAGCGCCGGCAAGAGAGAGCUGCGCUUGAAAUCCUUUGGCGACAGCGCCAGUUCAAGUGGCAGCAGGAGCAAAUGCGGGGCUUUGCGGAGUACAGCGAGGCCGACGAGCCUGCGGGCGAUGGGCUUGAUGAAAUCCCACUUGGAGGAUGACUGGAUCACUUGCGACAAAGCUCGCACGUGUGCAGAGAUAUUACUUCGCCAACUAGGCUCUCAUUUUCCGCUUUACCAAAUGCGCGCAUGUGUUUUUUUCGCCUUUCGACAGGCACAGGACAUGCCACUGUUUCUUGGCUUGGUCAUCCUGUUCGCUCAAGGCUUAUUACUUGUCCUCAGAAACACCAAGGAUCUCAUGGGAAGAUACCCAUCUCAAUGUGUAGGACAUUUUCGGUCGCUGUGCAGAGGAG